AUGUCAUCGUCGUGUAGGCAGGCCAUCCGGCCGCUGCGGCGAUGCCUGAACAACAGCAUAGCCACGCCGCUGCCCAUACGGAGGAGCCUGUCGACGACGCCCGCCCCGGCCGCCGAAGUCUACAAGGUGUCGCGCGAGCGGCCCGAGACCGUCGACCCCGUCGAGCUCAACCCCAACACGGCCGUCGCGCCCUGGGCCGAGAAGGACCUCUGGAAGGCCGGCACACCGCCCAUUGGUUCGAGACGUCGCCGUUACGCCAUCCGUACGAGCGCGAACCUGCCCUUUGAGCAGCUGCCCUACCAGGCCUUCCAGGAGGCGCGCAAGAUCCUCGCCGCCGACCGCCAGGAGAAGCUGCAAGCCAUCAUCGCCGAGAUGCAGAAGAUCAAGAGGUUGGAGGGCAUCAAGGGGGACAACGUCAGGGGAGGGGAGAAGAUGCGUCAGAGGAAGUUGGCCAGCAUGCGCCAACAUGUCGAAAGGCUUAAGAUUCUGGCCGAUAUCAACGACCCGGCCGUCAAGAGGCGCUUUGAGGAUGGACUUGGUGACAUGAACAAGCCCAUCUACCGCUUCCUCGCCGAGCGUAAGUGGCGUGCCUACGAGGCCAAGAUGAUCGAGCAGCGUAUCGCCCAAUUCAACAUCGUCCCCGACAUCCUUCCGAAACUGGAACCCACCUACGACGUCCAGCUCUUCUUCCGCCGCGCCAAGGUGCCCCCUGGCAAGGUCCUCCCCAGCAACGUCACCGAGGUGCCCCCGCGCCUGCGCGUCACCCCCUUCACGGCAGGCGAGCGCCUCGUCUCCAUCGUCGUCAUGGACUCGGACGUCCCCUCGGUCAACACCGACAGCUUCAGCAAGCGCUGCCACUUCCUCGCCGCCAACGUGCCCGUGUCGCCCACGACCACCUCCGUCCCGCUCUCCAAGAUCCGCGACCCCUCCCAGCUCGCCGUCCCCUACCUGCCCGCCUUCUCGCAAAAGGGCGCCCCCUACCACCGCCUUUCUGUCUUCAUCCUCGAGCAGGCCCCCGGCAAAAUCCUCAAUGCCGCCGUCCUCAAGGAUCUCUACUCGGCCCGCGACGGUUUCUCCCUUAAGUCCUUCCGCGACAAGUUCCAGCUCAAACCCGUCGGCUUCAACCUCUUCCGUACCAUCUGGGAUGAGAACACGGCCGGUGUGAUGGAGCGCGCCGGCAUGCCGGGCGCCGAUGUCGAGUUCCGCCCGACGCGCGUUUACUCCCUCAAGGAGCCCAAAACACCCCGCGGCUGGGAGGCCAAGCGCCAGGGUCCCAAGUACAAGCACCUGUGGAAGUACACCAAGCGCAUCAAGGGGUACUCCAACGCCAAGGGUCUCGUCAGGAGAUGA